CCCCAAAUACACUCUAUGCCUGCUGUUGGCACUUGGAUCUCAAUUCUACGAACACUCCGUACAUAUUCCAUACAAAUAACUUCUGUCUAGCCUACCCACAUUCGACGUUUUGGAGAACCUAGCGGGAAUAUUGAUGCAAUUGACAUCGCUUUGAAACCGACUCCGUGUCUCUGGGUUAUUGGUCUGCCGUGUCUGCCACUGCACGCUUUGAACGCACUUCCCCCAGCAUCUCAGGAUUUCGGCUUGAUUGUGUCGGUUUCGAUAUUUACGAGAAUCCUGGACCAUCCUGUAUUCGUGUUGCUACCUUGCUGCCUAAAUACCCGUCCAUUGGCAGCUGGACACCUGUUUACUGGGGCAACCAUAUCGUCCGAGUAUUUGGAAGACUGUGUGUCUUGCUGUUUGGGGUCUGGAAGACCUAGGAUAAGAGCUGCACUGCAGCAAAGGAUUGCUUAACUGCCUACUGAUUUCUCAAGGCACAUUCAUGGGAGCACUUUAUUACAUUAUUUCCACAAGCCCCAACUCAACGUCUUGCGAUCUUCCCUAGCUUUCGUAACUCUUAUAGAGUACUCGUCAAUUCUCAAAUAUACUCACCGCAUAUACAAGGAGCCAUCGCGGGAAAGUAAAAUGGCAACCACUCCCCCCCCUCGAGGAAGACUACGUACUCCUCCCGCUCCCACCCAUGAAUGCGGAUAUAAUGGGUAUUCCCCCUACUCUGGCUCACCACGACGAUCAAAGCGCCUAGCAACCCGCAAUGAUAUCCUUCAUGUGCGAAAUCAAGAUGGGGAGUCUCAUGUUUCUAGUGAUAGACUUCAUUCUGAUUCCGACGGAAACUCCCAUUAUCUCUGUCAUGACUCUGACGCCGCUUUAUCCGCCCCCAACUCAACCAAACAGUCGCCUUCAUCCAAUUCUGAUAUACAACACAACUCUCUCUUACCUUACACUAAAAACAGCGCUAGUCGCGUGACAAAGAAAACACUCCCCUCGCUUCCAUCCUCACACAAAUCUUCAGAUAAUACACUCCAGCAGACCACUAUGGCUGUAGGGAUGCUUCCAACUCCUGCCAAAACUCCUCGAAAGAAACACAUUCCGGAUUCUGGAGCUAUUGCACGAGACUUAUUCACAAAUCGUGCUCGAGCCAUGGACUUAGAGCGACGUUCCCAGAGGCGCCCUAGAGGCAAAAAGUACAGUGGAUUUUCAUUGGAGAGUUCUCAUUCCAACCCGGAAGAAAAUAACGGUUCUGUGGAAAUCUAUACGGACGUCAGAGACCGUAUUCCAACUCUGAAUUCCUCAGAGGAUAAUCCCUUUAUUAGCCGUCCAGAAGAAGCCAAAACUCCGAAAGUCGAGGAAUCUGAUGGCAAAGCGAAGAGAAGAAAGGUCAACGAGGAUGACAUUGAUCGCGAUCCCGCAGUGGAUGAAAUGGUAAACCGUGAUGACGGCGUGCUCUGCGUUUUCCGAGGAAAGAAGAUCUUUCGCAAAUUCAAGCCUAAAGAUAUUGACGAGUCUGAUGGUGACAACGAUCCUGGCCUUUUAGGCUCCAUGGAUGAUAUUCCUUCUAGCCGAACCCGCCAUUUUGCUCGGUCAUCUAUCAAACCACGAGUUUUGUUCCCAACCGCGGAUCAGCUACGCACUCGUGCAGCGAAAGCAAAAGCUGCCAAGGUGAGCGAACACGCGACAAACGGAAAAGAAGAAAAAAUGGAAGAACAAUCAAAUGCAUCGAGCCAAAGCGAGGCAACUGACGCGAAUAAUGAUCCUGUUACUCCCCCGUCUAAGAUGACGCGUCUUGCCACGCCUUCAACUCCUCUCGCUUCGGGCCGUUCCCUUCGCUCUCAUACCAAGAAGUCCGAAUCUGAGAUUACUCCAGAUACUUCUAGCAGUCCGACUGGAAAUCGGUUUAGCCCUUUUGAUCGUUGGACACGUAUCAAAGCUCGGUCUUCUCCAUCCGGUAAAGGAAAGAAGCGAAGCUCCAGCUCUCUCGGACACGAUACUCCCCACCAAUCCAAGAAAGUUCAUCAGUCUAAGUGAGAACAGAUUUACAACAUUUACCAUAGGUCACAAAAACGUGGCGCAACUUUUUGGAGUGGGAAUAUUCCAUCCUUCUUGAUUCUUUUCUCUCGAGUUCCUUCUGAAAACCAGAUUCGAUGAUCUUUCAAUGUUUUAUUUCUCCUCUCUGUUUUCCAUGAUACGAUGACGAUGACCUGUGCUUUUUCCUUUACUCUCUUCCAUUUUCUUUUAAGGACCUUUGUCACUUUUUGAUGUUUCCUGGUCCUUACCAUUUAAUUUUUUUUUCUCCCUUAAAAAAAAAAAAGAAAAAGAAAAAAGAAAAAAGAAAGAAAAGGAAAAAGGGUGCAUAGAGUGAUCACAGUGUUAUUUCCUGUGCUCUUUUUGAGAUGGACCUUUGUGGUUGGGGUUGACAAGGGUAUGUAUUCCUGCUGAUGAUCACCUGGCUCUUCUUUUCUUUUCAUACCUAGUUUCAAUCAAUGAUCCAUCGGUGGUUCUGAAACAACAGGCGGGUUGGGUGGAAUUUGGUCGGUGGUUUUUUUUCUUUAUUAAACCCAUCUGUAUGUGUCUUUUGUCUUUUCUGGUGCAGUGCGGUUUGAAUUUACAAUCCUGGGUUAGCUAGGAUAAGAGAUACUAGGUCUAGGUCAGGUAAUAAGGCUUCAUUAACUACUCA